UUUGCUAAUUUCCUCCGCCAAAGUCCUUCCAAAUUCUCUCUUCUCUCUCUCUAUAAAUGCUCUGUUGAUUCUUCGUUCUGGAUUUGGAUUUGAUAAUGACGAUGAGCAGUAGCAGCAGCAAUUACGGUAAUGGCGGCGGUGGUGGUGGUGGUGGUGUCGCCGGAGGACACGAUCAUGAUCAAUUUGGGGAUACAACUUUGACUAAGGUUUUCGUUGGAGGACUCGCUUGGGAAACUCCUAGAGAACUCCUUUGGGAUUACUUUCAGAAGUUUGGUGAUAUACUUGAAGCCGUCAUUAUUUCUGAUAAACUCACUGGCCGUUCCAAAGGAUAUGGAUUCGUGACGUUUAAGGAACCUGAAUCGGCGAAGAAGGCUUGUGAAGAUGCAACGCCGACGAUUAAUGGACGGAGAGCGAACUGUAAUUUGGCUUCUCUUGGUGCCCGGCGACCUAGAUCGUCGGCGGUAACCGCUACAUCUCAUCAUCAUAACCACCAGCAACAAAUACAACAAACAGGUCCGAACCCGAAACCGAAUGGAGUGGGUGGGCCCAGAUCUGGGUCACCUGCACCUGUUAACAAUAAUCACAUGCAGCAGUGGUACUAUUACCCUGCGACCCCACAUGCUGCAUCACCGUACCAUCAUCAUCAUCGUCAGCACUAUCAACAGACUAUGCCAUUUUAUAGGUAUUCUCCCACUGCUUACGUCAGCAGUACAGAUAUGGGCUAUAAUCAGAAAGUAAGCUAUGCGGGUGGGCCAUAUAUGGCCGGGCAUUUUGCUCAGAUGUACCCGGCCCAGCCGGUUAUGGGUGGUAAUAAUCUGAUGCCGGUGUACCCGGUGUAUCAUUAUGGGCCGGCAGGACAUGCUAUGGCGGCCCAUAUUUACUCUCCAUCAGCUACAGGCCCAAUGCCAACUGUCUCAUCUCUCAUAUCCAAGCCCGUGUGAGAUCUUCUGUACGUUGGCGAUCAAAUGGCCAAAGUCUGGAAAAGCUGGAGAAGAUCAGAUGAGCUCAAAAAAAAAAAAAGAUAAAUAGAGAAGAGAGAGAGGAGAAGAGAGAAUGGGGGUUCAAAAUUAUUAUUAUUAUCUCAUCUCUAGUGGCUCUUCUUUUUUAAUUUACUUUUUUUUUUUCUCUAUUUUUUUAUUCAAUUAUUAGUAGGGGUAUCAAAACAAAAAACCAACAUUAUUAUUAUUAUCUUAUCUAUUUAUCUAAAACUAUUUAUUCAUUGCAUUAUUAUGUCUAGCUAACCCUUUAAUUAGUUUUUGUUAAAAUGUGUUUA